AGGGCAAUCGAGAUUCGAGAAAAGAAAAGCAAAAUAAGUGCUCCCGGGGUUAGGGGGAUAUCAUCGUCGUACCACACCGCAAGGCCUAAUAGCCAUAUUGCCAUAGUCUUCCUUCAACUAAAUCGGGGCGGAAAAGUGUAAGCUGCCCAUUUCUGGCAUAAAUAAAGAAAGCAUCGAACUACGUAGAUAUCUAUCAUUUUAAUAACAGAUAAUAGUGAAAUCAGUGCAUUAGAGUGUUUGUAUUAUAGAAGAAAAAAAAUUAUGGCAGCGCCUCCAGCACCGGUAAAAAAGGUUCCCAUUCAUCUACAGAGUGCCCAGAAUCGUUUGUACAUCAAGCGAGGUCAUGUUGUUAAUCACGAUGGCAUGCAACAGGCAGACGUCUACAUCGAGGAUGGAACAAUCAGAUAUGUCGGCUCGGGAGCGGAUUUUGUCGUCCCAGGAGGAUGUCGUACGAUAGAUGCCGCCGGUAGGCUGCUAAUUCCUGGCGGCAUCGAUCCCCACACACACUUCCAGCUGCCAUUCGGGGGAACCGUGGCUGUGGAUGACUUCUAUCAAGGAACGAAAGCCGCUGUUGCCGGCGGAACAACCACAGUCAUUGACUUUGUCAUUCCGCAAAAGGGCGAAUCCUUGCUGGAAGCGUACGAUACGUGGCGCAGCUGGGCCGAUCCAAAAGUCGUUUGUGACUACGGACUACACGUGGCCAUCACCUGGUGGUCAAAAUCGGUCAAAGAUGAGAUGAAGAUCCUGUGCGAGGAACGUGGAGUCAACUCGUUCAAGUGCUUCAUGGCCUACAAGGGUCUGUUCCAGGUGACCGACAGUGAAUUGUACGAGAUAUUUGAAACCUGCAAGGAACUGGGAGCCGUGGCACAGGUCCAUGCCGAAAAUGGCGACAUUAUCGCCAAAAAUGUGCACAAACUUUUGGCCGCCGGUGUAACUGGGCCGGAAGGUCACGAGCUGUCCCGAACCGAGGAAGUUGAGGCAGAGGCCGUUCAUCGGGCUUGCGUGAUUGCCCAUCAGGCCAAGUGCCCGCUGUACGUAGUGCAUGUAAUGAGUAAAUCUGCCGGAAUCGAGCUAGCACGCGCUCGGCGUCGUUAUCCGGGCAUUUUAGGUGAAACCUUGGCCGCCGCUUUGGGAACCGAUGGCACCAACUAUUGGCACCAGUGCUGGCACCAUGCCGCGGCCCAUGUCCUGAGCCCCCCUCUGAGGCCGGACCCCACCACACCCGAGUUUAUGAUGAAGUUGCUGGCCCAGGACGACCUUCAAACCACCGGCAGCGAUAACUGCACCUUCAACAAGAACCAAAAAGAACUCGGACGGUGUGAUUUCUCCAAAAUCCCGAACGGUGUCAACGGGGUCGAAGAUCGCAUGUCCGUGGUUUGGGAAAAGGGCGUUCAAACGGGUCUGAUCGAUCCACAGCGCUUCGUAGCCAUCACCAGUACCAAUGCGGCAAAGAUUUUCAACAUCUACCCGCGUAAGGGUCGCAUCGCGCCCGGUUCUGAUGCCGACAUCGUCAUCUGGGAUCCGAAGGCUACCCGAACUAUUUCGGUGGAAACCCAUCACCAGGCGUGCGACUUCAACAUCUUCGAAGGGAUGAAGUGCCACGGCGUUCCGGAGUUCGUCAUUGUUCAUGGACGGGUUUGCGUUGAAAACGGAACAAUCCGGGUAGCUGAAGGUCAAGGAACUUUCGUGGAAACACCCAUCAAUCCACCAUUCGUCUACGAUGCCCUCAAUGGUAUAACCGAACGUAAUGGCGACGAAAAGAGUGCCCGCAACGGUUUGCAAAGUCUGGACCUGAAUCAGAAGCACGAUGUAGACAUUCCGGAACCGUUUGCCCUGCCGGAGAAGUACGUCCCGGGACCGGCGUUAAGCAUCGUCUCCGUAGAUUCUCAGAUGAGCACCCCGCACAGUGCUCGAGGCGCCCGGCCCGGCGUUUGCAAGGAUAUGCAGCAAUCGACGUUUUCCAUAAGCGAGGAACUGGAUGGCAGCGGUAAUCGAGCCUGCAUUAAAGUCAAACAACCACCAGGUGGCGCAUCGGCCGGUUUCUGGUAAAUGACAAAAACACCUUCAACAACACAUCUACCAAAUACAAACGCAUCAUGAUAAAUGUCUAUGACAAAACACUAUAUAAGAAGAUUAAGAAGAAAAUGUAAGUGACUUGUUGUCAUCGGAUCAAAGUCAAACCACACACCACCCUACAACGUCACGUCGUGAACCAAAUACCAAUACUAAAGUGUAGUUAAAUAUACAAUUUCGUACUAAUCUACCAAAUAAUGGCAAACCGAACGGAAUUCAAAUGUGUUGUUGAGAUAACAUCACUGAAAAGGGGAAUUCUUGUUGGAAAGCUUAGAUUUUCAGCUUAAUAUAAAAUAAAUCAAAAGCGUCUUUGAAAAUUGAUCCUUAAACCGCAUUAUCUUCCCCGCAGUUGUUCUUAUAUGGUUAGCAAAACAUUUGUUUGAGCUUAGAUGUGUACCUAAUAUGUAAUAAUAAUUUAGUAACAGAAAAAAAUAUUGACGUUUAAAUGGCAUUAGUACAGGAAUUUGUACAACACAAAUCACAUGAUAAGUUAAAUUUGCAUCAUUAAAAACAUCAAUUGUAUCGUUGAACUAAGGAAAAUUAAUUCACUUAAUUCAAGGCAGGCUGAAAUGUGCAAUCAAUUGUUUAGUAAUUUAUUUUGGCUAAGAUGACUUUCCAAAGCUUAAAGUUGACAAAGCAAAAAAUCAUCACAAUUAAGCAAAACGAAAAUUCUCACAGCGCACAAAAAAAAACAAAAUAUUAGAAAGUAACAUUAACGGUCACGACACAUCAAUCCUGAUAAAUUUUGUACUCGAUUAAGUUUUUUCAACACUGUUAGCGAAAAUAUUUAGACAGCUUAAGCCUUUCCUUAAAUAUUUAUUGUCUUCGGAGAUUCGUUGCCUUGGUAAAUCAAUCUACUUCAUUUGUUCGUAUUUUCAAACAUUCAGAUUAUAUGUAUCGAAAAAUCUUCUUUGAAAAGAAAGCAUGAAUCCUUGAAAUAAUUAGCUCUAGGUAAAGUAGAAAGUAACAGUGAGUGACUCAGCUUGUAAUAAUCGUGAAAUAAAUUCACCCGGAAUGUA